UGCCAGCUGAUGAAGACGGAGCGGCCGCGGCCCAACACGUUCGUCAUCCGCUGCUUGCAGUGGACCACGGUCAUCGAGAGGACUUUCCACGUGGACUCUCCCGAGGAGCGGGAAGAAUGGAUGCGCGCCAUCCAGACGGUCGCCAACAGCCUGAAGAACCAGGAGCCGGCGGCGGACGCGAUGGAUUUCAAGUGCGGCUCCCCCAGCGACGGCGCGGGAGCCGAGGAGAUGGAGGGGGCGGCGAGCAAGACGCGCGCCAAAGCGACCAUGAACGAUUUUGACUACCUGAAGCUCCUGGGAAAAGGCACCUUCGGCAAAGUGAUCCUGGUGCGGGAGAAGGCCAGCGGGCGCUACUACGCCAUGAAGAUCCUGCGGAAAGAGGUCAUCAUUGCCAAGGACGAAGUGGCGCACACGGUCACGGAGAGCAGGGUGCUGCAGAACACCCGGCACCCGUUCCUGACGGCGCUGAAAUACGCGUUCCAGACCACCGACCGCCUCUGCUUCGUCAUGGAAUACGCCAACGGCGGCGAGCUGUUUUUCCACCUCUCGAGAGAGCGGGUGUUCACGGAGGACCGGGCACGUUUCUACGGAGCGGAAAUAGUGUCCGCCCUGGAGUACCUGCACUCCAGGGACGUCGUGUACAGGGACAUCAAGCUGGAAAACCUCAUGCUGGACAAGGACGGUCACAUCAAGAUCACAGACUUCGGGCUCUGCAAGGAGGGCAUCACGGACGGCGCCACCAUGAAGACCUUCUGCGGCACCCCGGAGUACCUGGCUCCGGAGGUGCUCGAGGACAACGACUACGGGCGCGCCGUGGACUGGUGGGGCCUGGGCGUCGUCAUGUACGAGAUGAUGUGCGGCCGCCUGCCCUUCUACAACCAGGACCACGAGCGCCUCUUCGAGCUCAUCCUCAUGGAGGAGAUCCGCUUCCCGCGCACGCUCAGCCCCGAGGCCAAGUCCCUGCUCGCGGGGCUGCUCAAGAAGGACCCCAAGCAGAGGUGA